AUGACUGGAGCGGACGGGACACCGACCAGCGCGGAACAAGGCUACUUUCGAACCAUUUUCCAGUGCCCACUCAGCGUUCGACUAUCAGCUAGUAAGCACAUCAAGAAUGUCCACAGCAACAAGUACGCCGACAGCGAGAGCGCUUGCCCGAUUCCAGGUUGGAUAUUGAUGAUGUCAAAGUCCAGGAUAUCAGUAGUCCAGAGGAAGUGUUGGCAGCAGCUAGAGCACUUCGGCCGCUCCAGCGCACUUCCUCUGGUUGCUCAGGCUCACGCUCUUGGCGGACUACCACUUGCGAUCACCCAAAUUAGUGGUUUCAUUGUACAGCAAAAGCUAUCUCUCCAGGGCUCACAAGCUCCAUAUCUCUUGAUCAACGUAGUGCUGCGUGGAUUCACAAAAGAGGCGCUCCUGGACAUCAGAAUGGGCAUAUUCUCAGCACCGUUUGGACCGUAGCAAUACAGUCAUCACCCGUGGAAUCGUGCCGAUUCCAGAGCUUACUUGCUCUUCUCGAUCCAGACAACAUUCAUGAAGACGUUUCGCUCACAGAAAUACAUCAUCCCCAAUCCGAUGACUUCGAGUUUGUUGUAGACGAACUUGAGUGAGUCGUGUGCAUGCGUGUCAUCUGAAUGGAAUUUGCCAAUCCCUCUACAGUUUCAUUGACGCGAAAGAACCCUUGCUGAAA